AUGUCGGCUCCACUAAAGUCUGAUGAUGCUUCUCCCUUCAUCAAGAGGGACCAGAUGAGAAGAGAGUUCUUGAAGGCAAGACAACGGAGUAACAAUCCUAGACCUAUGGUGAAGAAGGAAGAUCCUGAGCAAGCCGAGGAGGAGGCUCGUAAGUUGCUUCAGCCUGAGGCUCUUUCUAGAAGGGUGAAGAAGGAGCCUGGGAAGUCUGGGUACAGUGAGUUUCCAUUGCGUGCUAUUGACAUGCGGGAAAAUGAGAAUGUGAAGACCAAUUUGGUGAAGUUCCAGUCGAAGAAGCCUAUUGAUCCUCAAGAUUUCCAUUUGCCAAUCAGAUUGCAUCGGAAGGAUACCAGAAACUUGCAGUUUCAGUUAACCAGAGCCGAAAUUGUGCAGAGACAGAAGGAAAUUGCCGAGUUUAAGAAGAGGCAACUGGAGGAGGCCGGUGGUUCUACUGGCAGUGCUGGUGCAACCAACAACUCCACUCCAACACCAUUCAACGCUAACAAUCGCUCGGGCAAUAGUAAGCAGUCUACUCCGGUAGCACACCAGGGCAACUCAACUGCUUCCGUCACCCCUAUGAAUACUAAUACUAAUACUAAUAAUACUACUACUACUACCACUAAUAAUAAUAAUAAUGGAAACACCAAUGGUGCGACUGACCCCAAUAAUCCAGGUGCAAAAGAGGGAUCACCGUCUAAUAUUUUAACUCCUCUUGAAGUAGCAGGCCCUGCAGAAGAUCCUACUAAGGUGGGUAUGGUCAAAUACGAUGGUAAGCCAGAACCUGAGGUUCAUGAAGAGGGCACUAUAGAUCCUAUGGCCGACAUUGCCCCUCAUGGAGGCGGAAGAUUUAAAAGGGGUAAUUCUAAAAAGAAGACUAGACAAUUGAAGAGACUCGAUGAAGAAGCGAAGAGACUUAGAUUUGAAGAAUUUUACCCAUGGGUCAUGGAAGAUUUCGACGGUUUUAACACAUGGGUGGGUUCUUACGAAGCUGGUAACUCUGACUCGUACGUUCUAUUGAGUGUGGAAGAUGAUGGGAGCUUCACAAUGAUCCCUGCAGACAAGGUGUACCGUUUCACAGCAAGAAACAAAUAUAAUACUUUGACCAUCGAAGAAGCGGAAAAGAGAAUGGAAAAACACAAGGAAGGUGCCCCUCGUUGGUUCAUGAAACAUUUAGAUGAAUCUAGUAAAACUACUACAAGAUACGAUAGAACAUUAAGAAGACUAAGGGCUGUUGAUGGUAAUACAAGAAAAGCAGACGAAGACGAAGAUCGUGACGACAACUCUGAAGUCGAAUUAGAUUAUGAUGAAGAGUUUGCAGAUGACGAAGAAGCCCCAAUCAUAGAUGGUAAUGAAGAAGAAAACAAAGAAUCAGAACAAAGGAUCAAGAAAGAAAUGCUACAGGCCAAUGCUAUGGGGCUUCGUGACGAUGAUGGAGAAGAAUCAGAUGACGAAUUGUUUGGCGAAAAGAAAAUUGACGAAGAAGGUGAAAAGGUCAAGAAAGCUCUUCUGAAAACAGAUCUGGGUGCUCUAUAUGAGUCUGAUGAGGACGAGAAUCCAUACUUAUCACACUCAGAAGAAGAUGAGGAACAAAAUGAGGAGAAAAAAGACUCAGAUAAGGAGAAUGAAAAGCAAAGUCGUAAGUCGUCUCCAAAGAAGAAAUCUUCUGACACACCUUCUGGCCCUCCAAAGCUAGUUGUUAAGAGUGUAAACCAACACAUUGUGGUUCUACAUGGAGAGAAGUCAGUGUUAUCUAACUUCCCAGCCGGCGACUGGAAUCCGAAUGCCAAGAAGCGUGCUGCAGAGCCAACUUCGUCCGCACAGCCCGACAGCAAGAAAUUAAAAACAGAUUAUUCUGAUGCAGAUCUAUUAACGGAGGAUGACAUUAUCAAUGCCAUCCAAGGUAAGAAAUUGACACUAAAACAAUUGAUUCAGCAAUUGAAAGAGAAAGUUAGCAAACAUCCUGAUAAUAAGGAAAGGAUGAAGGUAUUUGUCAAAAACCUCGUGAAACUGAACGGUAAGUUCUUGGAACUAAGUAAAUAA